AUGCGGUCGCUCAAGAACCCAGCAUUUGACAAGUCGGCUGCCAUCGAGCAUUAUUGCCAGAUCGACCGCAUCCAUCCUGGUCGACGCAGCGAAAAUAAGCUCGCGCUUGGUUCGCCAGCCUGGACCGUACAUGCGUACCUGGUGGGUGUGUCGUGUGUGGGUGUGGGUGUGCUACGACAUGCUCCCGUCCUUCGUUACUGGACGCUUCAUAGCAGAUCCAGACGCCUUGGCUGGCUGACUGACCAGACGCUUAUGCAGCACAUUGCCGGCGCCCUCCUCCCGUCGCUCGCCCAGCCAGGGCGCCACGCCCUCCCGCGCUGAGCGCCCUUUGUCCAUCGGAGAUGGUCCUACGAGCACCCGUAUCUCUCGUCGAGCCGCAAUGAUGGCCACGAGUCGCUUUGCCGGCGAAAACAAUGACCUUCUCCCAAGACAAAAGGCUCCGCUGUCGGGAUGGACGGGGUCGGCGGCCAGCCGAGUGGUUUCGGAGGCCCCGCCGCGGAGUUAAGGCGAGGAGGGCGCUCCACGGCAC